AUGACCUUCACCCGUGUUACAUUCAGACUCGCCGCGAGUGCCGGGCGUAUUCACGUUAAAAGGAAGUUCCCACCAAGACAGACUUUCGCAUUGUUCAGGAUGGCAAGCACAUCGACGUUCGGUCUGAAGGAUGUAUCCCUCGUACACAUGCAAGGAUUAAUUGGCGGAAACUGGGUCGACGCCCAUGAUGGUGGCAAAAUUACAGUUAUAAACCCAGCAACAGAUGAAGAGCUUGGUACUAUUCCAGAGAUGGGGCUGGUGGAGACCAAAGAGGCUAUUGAUGCUGCAGGGCGUGCGUUCAAGUCUUGGAGCAAAACUACUGCCAAGCACCGCCACGAUAUUUUAAUGAAAUUUUACGCUCUGAUGCAGGAGAAUCAAGAUGAUCUCGCAAGACUAGUCACGUUGGAGAACGGAAAACCUAUCGCGGAAGCAAGGGGGGAACACGCUUAUGCGGCCUCAUUCAUUGAGUGGUUUGAGGUAAUCCCUUCACCUUUUCCACAUCUUCGCAAUGUUGUCGUGAAGCAGCCAAUCGGUGUUGUCUCAAUCCUUACGCCAUGGAACUUUCCAUUAGCGAUGAUCACUCGCAAACUUGGUGCUGCUCUUGCCGCGGGAUGUACUGUGGUGGUCAAGCCCCCGCCUGAAACCCCGUUCUCCGCGCUAGCACUCGCGGAGCUGGCUUCUCGCGCGGGCGUUCCACCUGGAGUAUUUAAUGUUGUGACCACGCAAGCGAACAUCUCUGAAGUCGCCCGCGAGAUGUGCGAGAACGAUACGGUUAGAAAGGUUACCUUUACUGGCAGUACGCCUGUCGCAAAGCUCCUAUAUGGAUAUGCCUCGAAGGGUAUGAAGAAGGUGUCAAUCGAGGCGGGCGGCAACGCCGCGUUUAUUGUAUUUGAUGAUGCAGACGUUGAGGCGGCUGUGGAAGGUGCCAUUUUGUCCAAGUUCCGUAGCAGUGGGCAAACAUGCGUGUGCGCUAACCGGAUCUAUGUUCAAUCAUCGGUGUAUGCGGAGUUUGCGUCCCGACUUGCGGAGAAAAUUGCCACAUUCCAAGUUGGCAACGGACUGGACAGCGAUACGACACACGGCCCGCUAAUCCAUGACAAGGCAAUCAAGAAGGUCCAGCGUCACGUUGAUGAUGCACUCGCGCGGGGCGCGCAGCUCGUUAUGGGCGGUACGCGUCUCGCGGGCAAGGGCUCGUUCUUCCAGCCAACGGUGCUCUCCGAGGUGCCGCCUGAUGCGCUCGUGAAUCAAGAGGAAACAUUUGGCCCACUUGCCGCGCUGACACGUUUCGAGACGGAGGAGCAGGUAUUGGCAUGGGCAAACAGCACCCCUUUUGGCCUGGCGAGCUACUGCUACACCCAAAACAUCGGGCGCGCCUGGCGCGUUGCGGAGGCUCUGGAGACAGGGAUGGUGGGCACGAACACGGGCAUGAUCAGUCAAGCGGUGAUUCCGUUCGGAGGCGUGAAAGAGAGUGGGCUGGGCUUUUACCGCUCGGUCGACGACAUUGCCGAAGAAAUACGUUUCUGUCCAGAGGAAGUCAUCUACCCAACUUCGGUCCCGACGGCCCAGAUCUUGACAUAUAAAAGCAUACCAGCGAGUUGCGAGAUGAACCCUCAGUACUACUUCCCCCAGUAUCACUAUGCGACCCCUUAUCUCCACCCCUACUACCAGCAGCCGCAUGUUUCUCCCUUCAUCCCAGCCAUGUCGCUGCCUCCCUCACCAGACCCUCCCCGCCGCCGCGUGCAUUUUGACGAUGAAGACCCAGUCAUACCCCAUCGCAACCGGAGGCCCUCAUGGCAUGGAGACAUGGCCUCUAUUCCCAAUCCUGCUCCCUUCCCCUCGCCGCCCAUGAUGUAUUCGCCUCUGCCUGCCAUGGUCCCGGUCGGGGCUCCACCGCAUUUUACUCAUCAUCGACGACGUUCCGACAGCAAUCUGCCGCAGCCAGCGUGGUAUGCAGUCCCGGCCUACCCACCGUUCAUAUCCCCAUACGCCUACCAGCAGCCACUCCCUUCAAACCAACUGCAUCCACUACUGGACGGCGAGUCUCGUGACGGCCCCAUGCUCGUUUUCGACCUUUCCCUAAAUCAGUUCAACGCUAUGCAUAUCACUGAGCGAGGGAGGACAUCCGGGAAGCAGCUGUCACGCGACGAGCUCGAGCAGCAGGCGACGUACCCAGCCAUCCGAAAGAUGAGGAUCACUUGUGACCUCAUCCCACAAUGGCCUAUCGUGCUCGAGCCGGGCAAGGCAAAGUCCAAUUUCCUGCUCGUCCCGUCUUCAUCCCGCGACGUGCCCAUCACGGUCGGUGACGUGCUCAUUGCCAUCCACAAGAGUUUACAGCAACAGAUCACGCACGUCGACUGGGUACGCCUCUCACAGAGCGAGGAAACCGCCGUUGCGCGUGCGUACACGCGCAGGUGCAAGACAUUCCCUAGUGUCGAGGCUUUCGAGAAGAGCCAGGGCGUGCGCCGAGUCGAUUUCCUGCUGGAAAGGUUCAUGUUCCGCGGCCUGAAGCGCAGCAAAGCUGACCAGGAUGGGUUUGAGAACGUAAGGCUUAUCGUUGAGGCGAGGAAGUGA